AGUCAUUCUCUGGGUUCCUGAUUCUUUGCCAAACGAAAAUUUCGUUAUUAGUCCGAAGAGAAAAGCAUAAUUAAAUUUCAUGGCGCUUCAACUCGAUUUUCCGCUAUCAUCGCCUCUAAUUAGGAACCUCCCAAUCCACGCGAAAUCAUUUCAAUUUCCCAAGUCAAACCUCUCCUCUCAGUUUCUGCGGUGCGAUCAUCACAUUCCAGGCAAGGCCUGGAAAACUGAAUUGUGCAAAAAGGCGAGAAUCGCCUGCUCUGCGAAAUCCGGAGAGAAUAUCGAGAAUGCGGGGUCCGUGAAAGAAAAAAGUGUAUCUGUCGUUCUUCUGGCUGGCGGAAAGGGGAAGCGAAUGGGUGUGAGCAUGCCAAAGCAAUAUCUUCCAUUGUUAGGCCAACCAAUUGCUUUAUAUAGCUUCUAUACUUUCUCAAGCAUGGUUGAAGUGAAGGAAAUUGUUGUAGUUUGUGAUCCAUCAUACAAGGAUAUUUUUGAAGAUAUCAAGGAGAAGAUUCUUGUAGACCUUAAAUAUGCUUUGCCUGGAAAGGAGAGACAAGAUUCUGUGUUCAAUGGACUUCAGGAAAUUAACAGUGGCUCACAACUUGUAUGCAUUCAUGAUUCGGCAAGACCUCUAGUAUCAUCUGGAGAUGUCAAAAAGGUUCUUCAUGAUGGUUUGUUGCAUGGGGCUGCUGUACUUGGUGUUCCUGUUAAAGCUACAAUCAAAGAGGCAAAUUGCAAGUCUUUUGUAGUAAGAACUCUGGACAGGAAAACACUUUGGGAAAUGCAAACUCCACAGGUUAUCAAGCCUGAGUUGCUUAGAGAAGGUUUUGAGCUUGUAAACAGGAAAGGCCUUGAAGUGACGGAUGAUGUAUCUAUAGUGGAGCACCUAAAACAUCCUGUAUAUAUCACCGAAGGGUCUUACACCAACAUUAAGGUUACAACUCCUGAUGAUAUGUUACUUGCUGAGAGGAUAUUGAGUGUCAAUUCAGGAGUGCCUUCCGACUAAAUCACAUGAUCCGUCUCACUUUUCUUGCUUUUUCUUAUUUGGAUGAAAUCCUUGAUUCAGAAAUCCAUGAUAAGAUCAUAAGCUAAUGGGCAUCUUUCUAUUUCAAAAU